CAACGGCCAUAUGCAAGCCGUGAUCUUUUUGUCCACUAUAUUACUGUCUGUUGAAUCUUGUAUAAGGCGCUUCUAUGACCCAGCUCAGCUCACACACUUCGGCCAACCAUCAUCUUUGCAUAAGAUGAAGGGCAAAGUCGAUAUCGAUACUUAUCAUUCCGUGUAUGAUACCAGAAAGAAACGCAGAACUUUCAACAUUCUCACCUCACUGGUCUUGGUCAUUGUAGCUGCUACGUUCUCCUCGCUUUUGCCUUCAUCCCUACACUAUUGGCAUCUACUAUCUGGUCAUCAAAUAAUAAUAGACGAAUGGAAAGACGACAUUUGGCCCAUUCGCGAACAAACUCCUUGGGAUAUCACAACUGACUUUCCUCAUCCCCGCGUCUUGGAAUACAAAGUCAACGAAGGAACAUGGCUGCGUUUGGAUGUACAUCCCACGACUGGAGAUAUUGUUUUCGACAUGAUUGGAGACUUGUAUUGUAUCGAAGGCCACAAUGCUUUACACGGAACGAUCAACAUUGCACACCCAAUCACUUUAGGUGUUCCCUACGACUCUGACCCUCAUUUUUCCCCAUCAGGCGAUAAGUUGGUCUUUAGGAGUGAUGCUGGGUUGGGAGUGGAUAAUAUUUGGAUCAUGAAUUGGCUGGGAUGCAGCCAAAUGAACCUGCGUCCCUCGGACAUCGUAUCUCCGACACUCCAAGUAGCUCUUCUAUCCAAGACGAAAGACGAAACCUUGCUACGUAGAAGGGUCCCCGAGACUGCUGACAGGAGGCAAAAUCGUCUUCUCAGAGAGGGGCGCGCUGGAGCUUCUAUGGUUACGAACGAGACCUACAGAUACGUUACCGAUGCACGAUUUCAUCCUUCUGGUGAAAAGAUUAUUGCCACCAAGUGGUACACCUCAGAGCGCUCACUAGGAGCCGGCGAAGGAUGGGAGUAUACUGUUCCUUCUACAUAUACUAACACUGUCAAAGCUGGUAGCGGAAAGCGUGUUGUUGGUCGCACUCUGCCCCGCGGUUGGACUGUAUCCCAAUACGGUGACCAGCAAGUUGGACCAGAACAGUUCAUCUGGAAUGGCGAGGACAGUAUAAUAUACUCAAUGAACGUUCGCGAUGAAUCCGAAUUCUUAUACAGCAAAGACGUGCAUCAGGGCAUUUAUGCUCUAUUUUCAUUCAACUUGACUACUGGGAAAACAGAGACUUUAGUGGGCGCGUCGCCGGGAGGUGCUUCGCGUCCAGAGCUAUCGCACGACCGCCGUACUUUAGCUUUUGUACGACGCGUCCGUGACCAUGAAGUUCUUGUUCUAAAGGACCUCGAAACAGGAUCUAUCAGCUAUGCGUGGGAUGGCCUGACUUUCGACCUCACGACUAUUUCUGUUCCGAUGGGUACUUAUCCUUCGUUUUCCUUCACUCCACACUCUGAGGGAAUAAUCAUUUGGGCUGCGGGUAAAAUACAUCACGUACCACUCACUGUCAACAAGCAAGGUGAAAGAAUACGCUCUGGUUCGGUCAGCAGAAUUGAAUUUACCGCCCACAUCGAAAAACAUGUCGCCGAAACGCUCCGGUUAAAGAAUGCGGUGGACCUUGUGGGUAUCGAGACACACGAUACUCAACGAGUUCAUGCUUUUCGCGAUUUACGAGUUGAUGAGGCUGGAAGUAAGGUUGUGUUCAGGGCCGGCAACAUCCCAAUCGUUCAAAUUGUGGGGGAGAGCGAUUACAUUAAAGUACCGACACUUUAUUACGAUAAUGGACGGACUCCGUAUUAUUCGCCUUCUUUCAUCCCAAGCACCGACGGAAAUCUCAUCAUCAUGUCGAGGUGGUCUGACCUCCAUUUUACCUCGUUUGAAGUAUCAGAUCUCUCCAAAGGAAUAUCAUACGAAAUCGAAGGGCUGCCUAUGGGGAGAUAUCGGAGUGCUGUUAUCUGCAGGUGCAACGGCUGGAAAAGGACGAUUGCGUUCCUCAAAACUGGUGGCGAUUAUCUGACCGGGGAUGUGAUUGCUACCGCUGGUGCAGGUCUUUACCUAGGAGACAUCAACCUUGAACCCUCCCCUUCGCAAAAGCUUGUCAUCAAUAGCAUAAGGAUGGUGCCUUCAGACAUCGAUCCAAAAAAUGCCAAACUGGAGUUCGUAGAGAAGAAUAAGAAACUUUUGGUACAACAGCCCGACCGGGUAUUUAUCGUUGAUCUUGUGGGUGGGCCGGUAGAUAUCGAGGGCAAACCUUCACAUUUUACUAUCGCGACAGGAAAAAUGUCUACAGAGAUCGCUCUAGCCCCUCGUCCACGUUCUGCUGUCGACAGAUUUCUUCACGGAGAAGAAAGUCAAUACGACACCGAUCAUGUCGCAUUCGUGGACUUUUUCCACGUUUACGUCGCACCUAGGAAGAGUAUCAAGCAAGGAGAGGACGUCUGGUCGAAACCUGGGAGCGCUACAGCAGGAAUUGCUAGGCUUAGCUUGGACGGAGGCCAUGAUAUUGCUUGGAGCUCUGAUGGGAAAAAACUAUUCUGGUUCCUUGGGCCAUAUCUACACUCCCUGGAAAUUAGUAAACUUGGAAAAUGUUCCUCCGCAAUAAAGAAUGAUUCCAGGACAUUUGGAAUCUCUUGCGUCAAAAACCUUCUCCAAUACCAAGAAAUUGUAGUUGAACACUCAACCGACAUAGCGCGCUUAAAGAAGGAGGCUCAAGCAUUGUCUUCGAGUGUAAACUCCGACAUCUUGAUUGUAUAUAAUGCCACUUUGUUGACGAUGGAGAAUGGCAAUAUAAAUGAGGAUUUGCUAUAUGACGCAGUACUCGUUAUCCGUGCUGGUGUCAUUGAAGCCGUUUUUUCAGCCACCCAGAACGACUUUGUAGCCCCGGAAGGUGCUACCUUGAUCAAUGCUCACAGAGGAUAUGUUAUCCCUGGAUUUAUCGAUGCGCAUGCCCAUUGGAAUGGCUUCAGUAACCCCCAUCCAUCAAAAUCUUGGGAGAUGCAAACUUUCCUUGCAUAUGGGAUCACUACUAUGCAUAACCCUAGUUCAGACAAUGUGGACGGUUUUGUUGAGCGCAGCCGUUUGGAAAGUGGACAAUUUGUAGGCCCACGAAUUUUCCACACGGGCGACGUUAUCUACGGCGCUGGUGCACCUGGAAUUCAUGCUGAUGUUGUCGACAUGAACGACGCGCGUUCUACCUUGAUCAGAAUCAAAGCUGAAGGAGGGCCCAUCAGUACCUCCUACAAGAAUUAUAAUCUGCCCAUUCGGGCCACGAGACAAAGACUCUUGCUUGCUGCACGCAACUUGAGUAUGCUUUGUGUUCCGGAAGGAGGAAUGAACUAUGAUUGGGACCUUGCGUACAUCAUGGAUGGUAUGACCACUCUCGAACACUCUCUUCCCGUUCCUGCACAGUAUGACGAUGUCUUGACGUUAUUUGCAUUGAGCGGCACCGCCAACACACCUACCCAUCUUGUCAACUACGGCGGAACGUUCGGGGAGCAAUAUAUAUGGGCGGCAGAAGAUGUCCCUAACAACUCGAAGCUUCGUCACUUCUCUCGACACGAUAUUCUGGAAGGCCUCACAGAGUCGACUGCACGACCAAAGCUAUCUUAUCAAUUAUUCAAUACAUCUGCUUCCAAUGCGAAGAUGGUGCCGCUAGGCUUGAAGACGCUUAUCGGCGCCCACGGAGAACCACCCUUAGGCCUCAACUAUCACUACGAGAUAUUCUUCACCCAACAGGGUGGUCUGAGCAAUUACGAGGCUCUGCAAGCGGCGACAUCCUGGGCCGCACAAGUGUUUGGCAUUUUUGACUCGCUCGGCUCUUUGAUGCCAGGCAAACUGGCAGACUUCCUAAUAUAUCCUCCCGGAGUUGACCUGCUGAAUGGGUCAAUAAAGGAAACCUUGAAAUUGGAGUUUGUAGCAAGGGGUGGACGAGUCUGGGCUGCAGAAACUCUCAAAGAAAUCUUUCCUGGAAAAGAGGCUCAGCAAACACCCCCGUUCAAUCCUUGAAAGGUAUACCCUUUAGGCACGUACUAACAUCCAUAUGUAUAACAUUCAACUCAGAAUUUAUACAAUGAUAUUAUAGCGACGGUUAGGCUACACUCA